UAUGUACUUGUGCAGUUUGCUUGAUAAAUAAAGGUAUCAGAUCAAAAUCUUUAACACCUAUAACACCUAAUGUUAUCAACUUUUUUGAAAAUUAUCUUAGUGAUCGGAAACAACGAGUAAUUUCUUCUCAACUUGUAACAGAUUGGAAACCGGUAACACGAGGAGUUCCGCAAGGUGGAGGUUUAAGUCCACUAGCCUACAAUAUAUAUGGACGAGAACUUCCAACUUGUACUAAAUCAGUAACUCACCAGUUUGCAGAUGACACAACCAUAUCUGAUGCUAAUAAAUCACCUCAGGUUGUUAUAGAGAGGCUCUCAGACAGUUUCAACAAUGUCAAGAAAUGGUGUGAUGAAAAACAAUUAAUAAUUAAUGCUGAAAAAACACAAUUUAUCAUCUUUAAAAGCCCAAGUAGAAAACUGCCAGAUGAAUAUCACAUUAUUUUGGGUGGAGUUUUGAUUAAACCAUCGACAACAGUUAAACUUCUUGGUGUACUAGUUGAUCAACAUCUAGCAUAUGGUUGCCAUAUGGAUGCGAUUAAAAAGAAAUGUAAAGGUCUGCUUGGUUUACUUGCAAGAUCAGCUAAUGAACUUCCUCAGGAGCUCUUGAAAUUGGCCUACACUUCAAUCAUACGCUCUCAACUUGAAUAUUGUAGUGCAGUUUUUGCUCCAGCAGCAAACAUUCAUCUUCAUAAAUUUGAUGUUAUUCAGAAAAUAGCUUCAAGAAUUAUUACCAGAGCACCGAGUAAUGCUCACUCCUCACCGUUGCAGGAAAAACUUAGAUUGUAAAGUCUUAAAACCAGUUGAAACAAUCAUAUCAUCAAUAUGAUUAAUAAAAUGAUUAUGGGAAAAAGUCAUCCUGCAUUUUCUAAUAUGUUUUUUAAUACUGAGGGAGGACUUUUGUGUAGUCGUGAUGAUAGAGCUUCCAGAAUCAAGAUUGGUGACAAAAGAUUCAGCAGAUAUGCAGUAAGCAUAUUCAAUGAAAUGAACACAUGAUUGUAUGUGUUCUAGUUGAGCGCAUUAACAUGGGCCGGCUAUCACAAGAAUAUAUAUAAAGAACACACUAGCUACAAAGAUUACUAAAUUAUUGGAUAUGAUGAACUGAACAGUGCUUCUGACAUGGUUGCUCAAGCGUUAUCAACUCUAAAUAAUAGAUCAACAACAACAACAAGUGCGCGAAAAAAUUCAAGAAUACAUCUGGCCAAACUUUGAUUCUGAUCUUGAAAUUUGUCCUUCUGUAAUUUGUUCCAACUGCAGAAGAAACUUAUUUAGUCUAAACAAAGGGGAGACUGCAUAUCUUUCCAACUGGUUAGAGACUAUAUCAAAGAUAAAUAGAAAUACUAUUAGGAGAACCUCUUCACCAGACAGAUGUUGAGCCAGAAUUGAAUUUUUCAAGUGUGAAUAAGAAAAUCUGUGGGCUCUGCUAUUUGAAUCUUGGUAGAGGAAUUUCUCAUGAUUGUUGCAAAAGUAAAGCUGUUAACAAUAUAAUUGAUAUUAGUGAAUCGCUUGGAUAUAAAGGUGCAGAGCAAGUAGCAUCUGGAUUGUUAAAACGUAAAAUGGAACGUGAAAACAUUGUAAGUGGAGAGCAGUUUGUGUUGUCUACUGGUGGAAAUCUUCUCUCUGUUACAGUUGGAGUAAAUGAAAAUAAGUCGAAAAGAAAGAAAGUAAAUCAAGUUUCAUUCCAAACUAUUAUGGAGUUAUUGAAUGUAUUAGAACUCUCUAAGAACAAAACUAAAAAACUGUGUUCUACUUUACGCAGUAAUCUAACUGGUGUAGAAUCAAACAUUAAUAUUAAAAUGACUGAAUUACAGGAUACUCUAGAAACUUUAUAUGAAUGUAAAACUGAAGAAUUCCUUGACGGUGAUGAAAUAGUUGUUAGAGAUAUAGUUUAUGUCAAGAAUACAACUGAAUUUAUCAAAUUUAUAAUUGAUGAAAGAGGUAUUGAUACCCCUAAUGCAAUAGCAAGAAUAUCUAUAGAUGGUGGUCAAAACUUCCUUAAAGUUUUUAUUAAUGUUUUUGAUCCAAAAAAUCAUUAUUCUUCAUCCGAAAUGUAUGAAGAUUCUGGUGUGAAACGUUGUUUUAUCCUUGCGAUUGUGGAGAUGGUUUCAGAGGAUAAUGGCAAUCUCCAAAAAUUAUUGGAACCUUUGAAACUCGAAAAAGUAGAUUUUAGUUUAGCAUUUGAUUUAAAAUGUGCAAACAGUGUUUUUGGACUUUCAAGUCAUUCUGGCAAAUAUGCUUGUCUUUAUUGUGAAGGAGAAUGCUUCCUCAAAGCAGGGAAACUAAGAACAUUGGGUUCCAUAGACUUAUGUUAUGAUCAAUAUGUAUGUGAAGGAAAAAAAAGACUAAAAAUGCAGGAUUACAAAAAUGUUAUAAAUCCUCGUUUAAUAUACUUAAAAGAAAAUCAAGAAACAAUUCUUGAACACAUUGUUCCUCCUCCUGAGCUCCAUAUUAUGAUGGGAGUUGUGGAUAAACUUUGCACUAUGCUUUUAUGCGUUUGGCCACCUUUUCAAAAUUGGUUAAAAACACAUUACAUAUUAAUGAGAGGAUACCAUGGAGUAGGUUUAGAUGGAAACAAUGCUAAUAAAUUUAUGUCCUUGUUAGAUGUUUUGGAGAGGGAUGUUACCUUAACUGCAACGAUUGAUAUUUCACCAAUAAUUAAUUGUUUGCGUAAGUUUUCAUUAGUAAAAUCAGCAGUGUUUGGUUUAGAAAUAGGUGCAGAUAUUUCUGCUAAAAUCGAAGACUUCAAAUGUUCUUUUUCAAGUCUCCAAUUAUAUGCAAAAGAUAUUUUCGACUAUGAUUUGAAAGUUUCCUGGAAAAUACAUAUUUUAGUGUGUCAUAUUCUUCCCUUUAUAGGACACAAUAAUAUUAGCUUAGGAAACUAUGGAGAACAAUGUGGUGAAGCUGUUCACCACAAAUUUAAAAAAACUUGGGUGAACUAUAAAAGAACUAUAGGUCACAAAAAUUAUGGAAAAAAGCUAAAAUCUGCUGUAGUUAAUUUUAAUUUAAAUAAUCAGUAGCAUUAAUAUAA